AUGGGGCUAGUAAUAUGCGCGCUCCAGUUGGUUAUUGUGGCAGUAUCAAAGAAGCAUGAUGAUAUUGCAGAUUUUUUUUACAUGAUCUCAGUUUUAUUCAAUGUGGUUGGAGCUUCUUGCAAAAGAAAGGAUAUGAUUAGAGAGAAACAUCGAGAGGAGGUAAUAAAAGCCAUAGGUAGUGGGCAGAUUAGCACUGGCACAGGGCUAAAUCAAGAACAAACUCUUCAAAGAGCUGGGGACACACGUUGGGGCUCACACUACCGGACUCUUUCAAGUCUAGUGAAAUUGUUCCCAUCAGUUAUGUCUAUUCUGAAAUAUUUUGAUGACCGCUUCAAUGAGGUAAAUUCUGCAUUGCUUGGACACAUGGCUUCUUUCACCCCCAAAGACUCCUUUGCUGCUUUUAACUUGGAUAGCUUAGUGAAGCUAGCUGAGUUUUAUCCGGAUGACUUUGAUUCAAGAAAAUUGGAUGAUCUUGGUCCUGAACUUCGCACUUACAUUGACAAUGUGCGAGUAGAUGAAAGGUUCGCCAAUUUGGAUGGAAUUGCUGAUCUUGCUAAACUAAUGGUGGAAACAAAUAAGCAUAUUACGUUUCCUUUGGUUUAUCAUCUUUUAAAGCUAGUAUUGAUAUUGCCAGUUGCCACUGCAUCAGUGGAGAGAUGCUUUUCAGCUAUGAAUGUUGCGGCGGAUCUGGUGCUCGGCCUCGGUGAUGUUGACGAUGGCUCCGGGAUUGGAGGAGAAUGA